CCGUGAAAAUGUCGUGCUGUGUUUUGAUUAGAAACGUGGGAGGAAAUUUCCUCAGAAAAAUACCCAAAAGAUCCUUAAAUCUCCAUCCAAGAUACUUCUGCAGUCCACCGGCAACUCCCCCUGCCCAAGAGAGUGAAGAGAAGUUGGGUGGUUUCGCCAAAUCACUGAAAAAGUUCUCGGAACCUGAGGAGCAGCCGGCGCCCAAACAAGAGCAAACUUUUGCUGCUCUCCUGAGGAAUUCCAAGUUUAUGGACCUUGGUGAUCCCGAGGGAAAAAUUGUCACCGGGCAAAUCUUUCAUGUCGUGAACGAUGAUCUUUAUAUUGAUUUCGGAUGGAAAUUCCACUGUGUCUGCACACGUCCGGCGAAGAAUGGAGAGUCUUACGUUAGAGGAGCCAGAGUUCGACUGCGCGUAAAAGAUCUGGAGCUCUCCUCGCGAUUCUUGGGAUCGGAGAAGGAUAUGACAAUUCUUGAGGCAGAUUGUCAUCUCUUGGGCCUUUUAAGUUCACCGGUUAGAGCUUAGAUUCUUGUAAAACAGCCAAAACAGCACAUGAAAUAGAUUUGUAACUUGUAGUCUAAAUGAAAAGCUUCCU